AUGCCAUCACAUGUUACUGAUGUUGAAGGUGAUUGGAAAAUUGUUGAUUAUCCUCAACAUCCGGAUUGUGUUAAUUGUCAAAUUGAAAUUAAGGGCUAUGGCCUAGAUCCAAAUGUAUUUAAGCUUGAUAUGGAUGUGACGAAUCAUCUAACUUGUAUUUUAAAACAUAAUUCUACAACUAAUCAAUGGGCAAUUUCUGAUUUUUCUUCAACAGAAAUAGGUGCUUUACCAGAAGAGAUGUAUAAAGAAGAUGUAUUGAGAAACUUAAUCUCUGGGUUACAAAAAUUAGAAGUUCAAGAUGAACAUCAAUUAAUUAUUAAAACGAAUAAUGGUGAACAAGUUCGAUUAGAACGUUUAUUAUAG